AUGGCACCGUUCCCCCCUCCACCUCUUCAAUCUCUAGAAUGGGACAAGUUGGCCAUUGUGCCGAUGGAUGUCAAUGGCCAUGUAGAGUGCGACUAUUCCGCUUCCACUGGCAAAUGGUCUGAGCCUCGAUUUGUCGAAGACCCUUUACUGCAAAUCCACGGUCUUGCGCCAGGACUCAACUAUGGUCAGCAAGCCUUCGAGGGCAUGAAGGCCUACCGUGAUCCCCACGGCCAGAUUCAGGUCUUCCGACCCAAAGACCAUGCGGCCCGCUUGGCCCUUUCCUGUUCCACCAUCGCCAUCCCCACGAUUCCAGAGGAUCUCUUUCUUCGUAGCAUUAACCUGGCUAUAGUUCGGAAUGCGGAAUAUGUGCCCCCGCAUGACACUGACGCUGCUCUUUACAUCCGACCUUUAGUCUUCGGGUCCGACCCUUUCCUCGCCGUCUCGGCUGGCAUGGGAUACAAGUUCUGUAUCUACGUCCAACCUUAUAAAGCCUAUCACGGGGUUCACCCACUUCAGGCUCUGAUCUUGGACGAUCUUGACCGAGCCGCUCCCAAGGGAGUUGGCCAUGUCAAAGUCGGUGGGAACUAUGCCCCGGUCCUAAAAUGGAGUGAUCAGGCACGUGCCGAGGGCUUCUCCAUCACGUUGCAUCUCGAUAGUCGAACCAACUCCCAGAUUGAUGAGUUCAGUACUUCAGCGUUCAUAGGUUUGAAGAAGACCGGUGACUCAUUCACGGUCGUCGUUCCAAGCAGUCGCUCCAUUCUGAAAAGUGUCACCAGCAUUACCUGUCUGGAUCUCGCCAGAUCGCUCGGAUGGACAGUGGAGGUUCGCCCGAUUUCGUACUCGGAGCUUCCUUAUUUCACUGAGGUCCUAGCUACCGGAACUGCGGCGAUGUUGGUUCCUAUUCGGUCGAUCACACGGAAAUCUACCGGCGACACAUUUGAGUUUAGCACUGAUGGCCCCGGCCAAGGUUGCAAAAAUCUGUCGCAAGCUCUCUUAGACGUUCAAAAGGGGAUAGCAAAAGUUGACGCUGAAUGGCUCUGGCAUGUGUCACCGGAUGCAGACAUGUGCUAG